CACUUGGCGCUGCUGCCGAUUUUCAAUCCGCACCCAUCCCAACCGCGGCAUCUUCUCUCCUUCUCUCUCUUUCAUGCACUCUCUCUCACUCUCUCUCACUCUCUCAUUCUUCCUCUUUUCUCGCUCUCUUCUCUCACAUCUCUUCUUCCUCUGUCCCCGUUCUCCUUCCAUCCGACACCGACCAAGGCGGCCCCCCUCUCCUUCGCCCAACCGCCAACUCCCUUCCUUUGACACCCAUCUUUGGAGGACUUCCUCUCUCACCACCGCUCGAACUCUCCUUGGCACGUUUCUCCACACCUACCUAGCCCCCCACACACCGCAUACUACCAUACUAUGGCCGAUGCAUCGUCGCCCAGCCUCGGCGGAAACGAGGCCAGCCCUCCACCCGCAUACUACAAGUUCGUCGGCAUGGGCCUUGCUGUCUCGAGUGGCAUAUUCAUCGGGUCAUCCUUUGUGCUGAAGAAGAAAGGACUCCUGCGGAGUAGCGCCGUCGCCGGUGAGGGCCAUGCGUACCUCAAGUCGACCCUGUGGUGGACAGGAAUGAUCAUGAUGAUCGUCGGAGAGAUAUGCAAUUUCAUCGCCUACUCCUUCGCGCCGGCAUUGAUCGUCACUCCGUUGGGAGCACUCAGUGUUGUGGUCUGUGCUGUCUUGUCCUCGAUGGUCCUGAAGGAAAAACUCAAUCUCCAUGGAAAAAUUGGGUGUGCGCUCUGUAUUGUGGGCGCUGUCGUCAUUGUUCUCCAUGCACCAGCCCAAGUUGCUGUCACCGAUAUCGAUCAGUUCAAGCACUUUGUGAUACAGCCAGGAUUCCUUGUCUACAUGUGCUUGGUCAUCGUGUCAAGCCUGGUGAUCAUCUGGAAGGUCGCGCCAAAGUACGGCAAGAAACAUCUGUUGGUCUACGUCUCGGUUUGCUCUCUGAUCGGAUCGCUCUCGGUUGUGGCGACUCAGGGAUUGGGCGCGGCGAUCGUCCGCAACAUCACGACAGGGACGCCGCAGUUCAACCACUGGUUCAUCUACGUGACCAUGGUCUUCGUGGCCUGCACACUCCUCACGGAGAUCAACUACCUGAACAAGGCCCUGAACCUGUUCAACACCGCGAUAGUCACGCCAGUCUACUAUGUGUUCUUCACCAGUGCCACAUUGGUUGCGUCUGUGAUUCUGUUUCAGGGAUUUUCAGCGAGUGCAUCGUCGAUCAUGACAGUCGUUAUGGGAUUCUUUGUAAUCUGCGCAGGUGUCGUGCUGCUACAGACCUCGAAAAAGGCUGCGCUUUCGGAGGCGAUCAAAAGGUCGAGGAGUACACUUGAGUUGCAGCCGGAAGAUGAUACGGAGAGAAUUCUGGAGGACGAGAAGGAUUUGGAACCGGGCCCGAUCGGUUUGCGCGCUGUACCGUUUGACUCGAUUCGUCAGAUGGUCCGGGCCAGCACGAUGCCCAAUAGUCCGUACUUUCAUCCAACGACGCCCACCGCUGCCGUUAGUCACGACGACGAUCAGGAGGAUCACUUGAGCAACGACAACAAUAAUAACAGCAAUACCGGAAGCGGCUUCUUUAGUCGACUGAGAAUGCGCUCAGAACAUGAUUUGACAAGUCCCAGUCAGACGCCACGGUCGCCUUCGCAGGGGGCUGUCAUGGUGCCACAGGAUGACUCGGAUAGCGACUCAGAGAUGACAUCUACGGUCAAGGAAAUGAAGCCUGCAGAUGUGAUUCCGAUGGGCGAAAAGACGGAGUACAAUGAAAAGGAUGGGGAGAUCCCGGCUGGCGCCUUGACGCCGGUCCCGCAAACGGUGUCGAACGAGGAGGAUCCGACUAGAUCCCCAUUAUCUUCAGCGUCGUUGACACUGCGUGAAUGAGGAGCAAGCAAAUGGAAGGAAUUACAUUGUACAAUAGGCUCGUCAGCGGUGUUCAUCCGAGAAGAGCAACAUGCAUAUACAUACUUAUAAAGCGGAGACAAUUGUGAACGAAUCAAUUGUUCCUUUGGUACUCA